AUGCGCAAGGACGUGCGUAUCGUCCUUGCUGGCGACCCGGAUGUGGGCAAGUCGACUCUAAUCACCUCGCUUGUCAAGGAAACUUACGUUGCCAUAGUUCAGAAAGUGGUGCCACCCAUCACAUUACCACCAGAAGUUGCGCCAGAAGCAGUGGUGACAAAGAUUGUCGAUACAAGCUCCAGUCCAGAGCACCGCGCUAAUCUCGAAGCAGAGCUUCGCAGGGCCAACGUCAUUUGCAUUGUUUACUCCAUCUCGGCACCAUCCUCUUUCGAUCGUAUACCCACCUACUGGCUGCCAUACAUCCGCUCGCUAGGCAUCAACGUGCCCGUCAUCCUUGUCGGCAACAAGAUCGACCUUCGCUCUGGCAAUGUUACUAAUGCUGCUCUCGAGGACGAGCUGGCGCCCGUCAUGGCCGAGUUCAAGGAGGUGGAGACCUGCGUCGAGUGCUCAGCCCGCAUUCCCCUCAAUGUUAGCGAAGUGUUCUACUUUGCCCAGAAAGCCGUCCUCUACCCCACAGCACCGCUCUACGACAGUCGCGAGCACGUUCUCAAACCUGCCUGCGUCGACGCCUUGAAACGCAUCUUCCGUCUCUGCGACUCGGACAAGGAUGGAUUGCUGAGCGAUGCAGAGCUCAACGACUUCCAACGCAAGUGCUUCGACACACCACUACAAGCGCAAGAGCUCGAAGGCAUCAAGGAUCUCGUCAUCCAGGCUCCCGUCGCCGGUUUGCGGUACAAUCACGAGAACGCUAGUGUCGCCGCUUCCAGCUCUAGCGCCAACGGAGACGCUCCAGCACAUCACCCACAUCUGUGUGAAGGAAGCCUCACCAUGGCUGGUUUCCUCUACCUCCAUACACUCUUUAUUCAACGCGGUCGCCUCGAGACAACAUGGACCGUCUUGCGCACCUUUGGUUACGGUGCCGACCUCACACUCGAAGAUUCCUUUGUCAAGCCUGCCUUUGCAGUGCCACCAGAAUGCUCCGUCGAGCUCUCACCCCACGGCUAUCAGUUCCUGACAGAUAUCUUUGAAGUGCACGACAAGGACCGCGAUGGUGCACUCAGCGAGGAAGAACUUGAUAGUCUUUUCAUUACUGCACCUGACAACCGCCAUCCCUGGCAAGAUACUGGCUUCCCGGCUUCCACCAUCACAGACGAGCACGGCGCUGUCACAUUACAGGGCUGGCUUGCGCAAUGGAGCAUGACCACCCUUCUCGACCACCGCACUACGCUCGCAUACUUGGCCUACCUCGGCUACCCUUCGGUCCCGCUCGCAGGUUCCUCCAGCAGCACCUCGGCGCCUGCGCCAAUACCAUUGACACCUACCAACCCACCUGGCUCUAGACCAUCGCGCAACCGCACGCCAUGUCCACCAUCCACCACUACUGCAUUGAAGCUCACACGGCCAAGGAAGACAGACAAGAAAAAGAAGGGUGCGAUUCAACGGAGCGUGUUUUUGGGAUUUGUGCUCGGUGCAGCGGGGAGCGGCAAGACUGCCAUCUUGCGAAAUAUGGUCGGCAAGCGCUUCGCAAAUACAUACGAGCCAACACAAAAGAUGAUGAGCGUAGUCAGCACAGUCGAGCAAGGCGGUGCCGAGCGUUAUCUCGUGCUGCAGGAGUUCGGGUCGCGCUACGAGGCUGAGGUGCUGCGUAACACGGCCAAGCUUUCGGCGGCUGAUGUCAUUGUUUUCGUAUACGACUCGAGUGACACUAACUCGUUCAGCUACAUCUCCAACUUGCGGCAGCAAUACCCAUUGCUACAAUCGAUGCCAUCGCUCUUUGUGGCCACCAAAGCAGAUCUGGAUCUCGCACAACAGCGUCACGAGGUUCAGCCCGACACAUACUGCCGCAAGCUCGGGCUCAAGAUUCCAGGGCUUGGAGCCGGACCACUCAAUGUCAGCAUUCGUGAAGGGCAGGUCGCGGAUCUGUAUGGUCUCAUCUGCGCUAUUGCGGUGGAUCCGAAAGGCGCAGUGCAAGGUGGCAACGAUCGCAACGCUCUCAGCUUUACCACCAACCGCUGGCAGUUCUGGGGCUACAUUGGGCUCGUUGUUGUUGGCGGCGGAGGAGCAGUCUGGAUUUGUGCAAGAGUGCUCAAAGUGCCCAUCGGCAGCACACUUGGCUUUGGAGGCACUUCCUCGGGAUGGUGGUCAUCGAGAGCUGAGGCCCGUGGUGCGGGCGCCGCAGAUGCUACCAAGAUCUCGGGAUGGUUCGACUGGCUCCGUUGGCAAAGCUCGUCGACAGUCCGCUCAGAGCUUUAA